CAGGGCAGUGCUGCAGGCGGACCGCAGAGCGCGGCGUGAUUUCGGGAGAGGGGGGGUCACAGCGGCGGCUCUCAAACUUACAGCGGAGGAAACCCCGCUGUAACGGCGUGUUUAUACAGUAUAUAUAACUCCCGGCCCCGCGCCCGGGCAGCUCGAGGACCGGCCAGGCCGCCGUGAGGACGCUGCGUGCCGCGCAACAGAGGACGGAUGAAGCGGCGGCAACCUGAGGAUAGCGCCGGGGAGCGGGUACACAACUGCAGCCGCCCGCGACUGCGCUCCUGGGGCUGAGCAGCAGCAGCAGCGGCGGCGGCACGGGGAGAACCGGCGGAAUGGUUUUCAGCGUCAGACCGGAGCAGCGUGUGCCGGAUACUGAGCUGUAAGAGCCCGCGGAGCGGUGUCCGUUAUCCGGGAGUAACGCUGUUGGUGUUGGGGCGCUUUGGAGACACUGAUAUUCCCGCUGCUGCUGCCGGAAUGUCUCCCGCUCCGUAGCGGACUGCGGACAUGGGGGAGGCGGCGGAGGCCAGAGAGCCGCGGAGGACCUUCAUCGUCCCGGCCAUCAAAUCCUUCGACCACUAUGACUUCUCCAGAGCUAAAAUAUCCAGCAGUCUGACAUGGCUCGUAGCCAAAGCCUUCGGGUCCGACAGUAUCCCAGCAGAGCUGGAGGACCCGUUCUAUAAGGACCAGUAUGAACAGGAGCAUCUGAAGCCCCCUGUUGUGUCUCUGCUGCUCUCUGCUGAACUCUACUGCAGGGCUGGGAGUCUGAUCCUGCGCAGCGAUGCAGCCAAACCUCUGCUGGGCCACAAUGGAGUUAUCCAGGCCCUCGCUCAGAAAGGCCUGUACGUCACUGACCAGGAGCGGCUAGUCACAGAGAGAGACCUCUGCAAAACUCCCAUCCAGAUGAGUUCCCAUCUUGCAAUGAUAGACACCUUGAUGAUGGCGUAUACAGUGGAGAUGAUCAGUGUGGAGAGAGUGCUCUCUUGUGUACAGAAAUACUCACCUUUCUUCCCUGAGGAAGACUUUCCUUAUGAUGCUGAAGAGGCUGUGACCACCUGGAUUAACAAGGUAAAUGAAUACUUAAGGGAGAUCGUGGCUCAAGAUCAAACAGCAAGAAAUAUGAUUGAGGCCAAAUCUGCUGGUCAAAAGAGGUCUUCCACCAAAUGGUAUCGGAGACUGGUACCUACGCGGUACAAGAGGGAGGACUCUAAAGCUCAGACUGCACUCUGUCUCCCACUGGUGGACAACCUGCUGAAGGAUAACACAGAUGGCUGUGCUCUGGCUGCACUGCUGCAUUUCUACUGCCCCAGUGCGGUACCACUGGAAGAUAUCUGUGUGAAGGAGACGAUGUCAUUGGCUGACAGCCUCUACAACCUCCAGCUGAUCCAGGACUUCUGCAGAGAGAACCUGAACAACUGCUGCCACUUCACCCUGGAGGACAUGCUGUACGCCUCCAGCUCCAUCAAGAGUAACUACCUUGUGUUUAUGGCAGAGCUGUUCUGGUGGUGUGAAGUGGUCAAACCCUCUUUUGUUCAGCCUCGAACGCUUGAAACCAAAGUUUCUGAUCCAAUCCAGUCAACAAAAAUGGCUCCCAUUACCAAACAAAACCUGAUCCACAGACCAGCCAGCCCUGACCAACAGAGGUCUCAGCCAAACGCCACCAGCUCAACCGUGAUAAAGAGAUGCAACUCCUUGUCUUAUGUGGACGGAUGUGUGGGAACCUGGCCCAAAGAGAAACGGUCUUCAGCACAUGGUAUCUCUUUUGAAAUUCCAUUUGAUGAUCCUGUGGCUUGCCCAUCAGGUCGUGGGUUGAGUCGGUCUGCAAGCACAGAAGGCUUAGGGUUUAAAGUUCACCAUUCUGCAAAAGGGAUGCGCAGGAACCUUUCCUUCCAGCCUGUUAAUGGGAGCACUCACACUCCAUUACGAGAGGAAGAGGACAACAGAGCAGUGUUAAACCCUGGGUCCAGUAGAUCUCGUGUUAAAACUGACUCUAGGUACUCUAAUGGUGUACUUCCAGAGGACCACAGUCCCCAGCCUCUAACUCCCACUAUGGAGGAGGCUCUGAAGAUCAUUCAUGACUCUGAGCGUCCCCACAGCAGCCUACACCCCCCUGGUGGGGACAAUGCCUUCUUCCUGCAUAGCCAAGACCCUUGUGAUCAGGGUGCUGCUGACUCGAACUCCAACCAGCACGACCCUGAGCCUGACAGCCUGUCUAAAGCUCGGGCUGACGAUGCAGAGCAGAACUCCACAUCCACAGAAAUAGACACAGGAAUUCAUGUGCGCACAGAGGACAUUCAGGAUGGACAGGAUGAAGACUCAUCCUUGAAGGACUACUCUGACAUGGACCAAGAUUACGAGGCCCGGUCGUGUCCGUUACCAGACACGGGUGGCGGUUUUAGCCCUGUACCGAGCCUUCUGGGUGCACGAUCUCUGGCCACAAGCUCCGCCUCCUCUAUUGGUUCUGCCUCUGCUGUGCGCAUGACUAGCUUUGCUGAGCAGAAGUUCCGCAAGCUCAACUAUGGGGAUGGCAGAAGCGGCGGGAACACUCCUGACAGCGAAGUAGGCACCACACCCAGUACGGCAUUGCUAAGGUCCAUUACUCCUGAUGCAAGAAGUCCUGGUCGUGUCACCUCACCCCGUGACCCAUCCAGCAUACUGGUGUCAGAAAUGGUGCAACUGAAGAUGAAGCUAGAGGAGAAGCGCCGAGCCAUUGAGGCCCAGAAGAAGAAAGUGGAAGCAGCCUUUACUCGCCACCGCCAACGGAUGGGCCGUACAGCCUUCCUCAAUGUUGUCCGCCGCAAAGGCGCCACGUCGCCUUCAGGGGGCGAUGGUGGAAGUGGUGGAAGUCCUGACCAAGGUGGGAGGAAAAACACUGAAUCACACGUUUUAAAAGAGGACCCGAGCAGCUCAAGACUAGAGAGGUGCAAGCCGGACGGGGCGCCUCUGAGGUCGACCCCAGAUGAAGGAGGAGCUGCAGAAGUGGCGGAUUUAUCGGAAUACACGCGUUCCAUUGAACGGCUCAAUACGUCUCUAAGUUUCUUGCAGACGGAGAUGCAGAGACUGGCACAGCAGCAGGAGCGAAUCAUGCACCUCCGUGAGCAGCAGAGCUGGGUGAUCUCGCCUCCGCACACGCACCCACAAACACAAAUGCAGCCAUCCCCACGAAAACACCCCUUACGGAGCAGCAGUGUCGUGGGACGUGGAUCUGUGGGGUCCCUUUCCCCAAACCUGUCCUCCACCGGGUCACCCCGGGCCGCCCAGCGCUCCCCUGCUCCCAUUAAACGAAAGUCUGCCUCGUUCCACGCCCGGACGCCCCGUACCCCCCGGCCCAAUGAGCUGAAGGUCACGCCGUUUAGUCGGAUGCUGAACACGCCGCAGUCGGUAGACAGUCUUCCCAGGCUGCGGCGCUUCUCCCCGAGCCAAACACAAACCAGAUCAUUCGCUUACCUCGGACACGACGAGGGUCCUGCAAAGGAGGACCGCACAAAUAAAGAAAAGAAAGCUACUCUGGAGACUAAAGACCCUGAAGCAAACCCAGACACAGACAAGACUGCUAAUGGUGCUCUAGAGAAAGAGGGGGAGGUGAAGGAGAUGACAGAGGCAGGGUCAGCUGAAAAAGCCAGACCUGUUAAAGUGACAGCGCUGUCGCAGGUUCAGUCUCAGCCAGCAGCAGAGAGUUUGGUAGUCCCAGCUGUGACGGACUCAGAGGUGGCUGAGGUCCCGGGUAAGAAGGAUCUGAUCGAGGUGCCUCUUUCUGUGCUAAAGCCGUCAGACGUCGGGAAAGUGCCUGAGAGUGGGAUGGACCUGGUGGACCCAGAUCAGAACAUGUGUUGUGGGUUCUUCUACAGGGAUGAUCAGAAAGGUGAGGAAGACAUCGCGCAGAAGAGGGCGGCUCUGCUGGAGAAGCGGUUAAGAAGAGAGAAAGAGUCACAGAUGAAAAAACAACAGCAUGAGCAAGAGACAGAGCAGAAGAAGGAAGUGGCAAGGUUGAAAGCAGAGGAGGAAUGUCAAAAGAAAGAGGAUGAGAAGGCGAGACGAGAGUUUAUCAAAAACGAGUACUUGAGGAAAAAGCAGCUGAAACUAAUGGAGGACAUGGACAGUGUCAUCAGGCCCCGCACUCCAAGCAUCAAGCAGAAAAAGCCCCGGCCCAAGUCUAUGCAUAGAGACAUCAUGGAGUCUCCCAAACCACCUGCACGGUCAAGCACAGGGUCUCGACCUCGUGGAUUCUCUGUCUCUAGCAUAUCACUUGCCUCACUUAACCUGGCAGAUAACGAGAGUGUCCAAUCAGACAAGAGGACUUCCAGACGCAGUAAACUGUCGCCAGGCAGUCUGUGUUUCUUUUUAACUUCUCCUAAAGGCGGGAAGGUCAGACCAGAGUCAGCAGAAGGUCAGUUGUCACCGUGUCCAUCAGUAAGUAGGAAUGGGGAAAACUGGGAGAACGAAUCCACGACCUCAUCAGCAGCGUCCAACACAGAAUACACAGGGCCAAAACUUUAUAAGGAGCCCAGUGCCAAGUCCAACAAGUACAUCAUCCAAAACGCUCUGGCCCAUUGCUGUCUGGCAGGCAAGGUCAACGAGGGACAAAAGAAAAAGAUACUGGAGGAAAUGGAGAAGACUGAAUCCAACAACUUCCUGAUCCUGUUCCGGGAUGCGGGUUGCCAGUUCCGCGCAAUUUACACAUACUACCCAGAGACACAGGAGAUCAGCAAGUUGGCGGGCAUCGGCCCAAAAUCCAUCACGCCCAAGAUGAUCGAGAACCUGUACAAAUACAGCUCAGAUAAAAAGCAGUUCUGCCACAUCCCUGCCAAGACCAUGUCCGCCAGCAUCGACGCCAUCACUAUUUACGGCCACCUCUGGCAGACCAAGAAACAGAGCACGCCCAAAAAACUGCUCAAAUGAGCCCAGCGGAGAGCAACCAAACACUAACUACACACCUCACUGGAGUUCCAACCAUGAUUUCAGACACUUUUGCAUCAUCACCGUUUAGCGUGUUCCUCAAAGAGUGAUGGGAAGUUUUGGCAUUGCGGUAGAACUUCUGAUUUUACGCACAGCUUGUAUGUCAAGAUCCAAGGACGGAUUAAAGUCUGUGUCAUGCAGCGAGCAUAACAUCAAUAUUAGCUGGUAGCACUCAUGGUGUAGGCUAUCUGCAUGUGGUGUGUGAGGGUGCGUGUGUGUAAGCGUGCAUGUGCGAGCGUGCCAAAUUUAAGGGUUGUAGCAUUUAUUCCUGAGAAAGCAGCGUAUGUUGCUCAGCUGUGUUGUUCUUAUUUUGAACACGUUAAACUUUCGUGGCCUUACGCUUGCCUUGUUUCAGCAUUCUUGCCUGCUUUUUCUGCUCAACAGUACACUAUUGGGUUUCGUGAACAAGCCAUUUACUUGUUUAGGGCUAAAUAAGGUAUGUAUAGCUGUGUGUGUGUGCGUGCUAGCGUGUGAAAGAGACUAAAGAAUAUUUGCCUUCACACUGGCAGGUGACAAGUCUCUCACGUCAACCCAUGUCUGUGUCCAGUGUCUGUGUUCGAAGGUGCACAUGGUGUUGUGCGUGGGUCUGUAUCUAGUAAGCUACCUAUCGAUUAGCCAGCCCACCAGAGACACCACAAAUACCACACUGCUUUAUUCUACACUUUCCUAGAGCUUCAGAACCGAGCCAUUUCUCUUGGUUAGGAUAUUCUGGUGUGUGUUUGCCUCUACAGAACAGCAGAAGUAUGCAUGUUUGGUGGCAUUGGGUUUUAAAUUUAGCUUUUUUUAACCAAAGACGCAGCUCACAUAUACAUGUAAAAAUUAAUUUUGUGUACAGUUGACAGACCUAAAUCCACCUCUACUAAAAGAUUUUUGAAUAAAUGCGUAAAUCUUCGUCAAUGCAUUCAGCACUGAGAAUAACUCAAAGAAAUGUAAUUCUAAAACAAACUUUGAGUUUAACAGACGCAUGACUGGCACUCAAAAAAGCCGCAAAAGAAAUAAAGAAGCAGUUUCA